ACAUAAAUAUAUUUAAUAAAUAAUCAUUUUUAUGUAUUUUUAAUUAUGUUUUAAAACUAUAUACAUAUCCUUAUCAAACAUUUUAUACUGUGCCCUGCAAGCUAAAGAAGGAAAAAAUGUGGACUGAUAAGUCAUGAAAUACUGAUAAAACUAAAUGUUUAAACCAAUUAAAGAUACAAAUUGGAAUUUGACAUAUUUGGACAAUUAUUGUUUCACAGAUUUUUAACAUGUUUAUUCUCAUUUACAAAACCUUUAUGCAACACUAAACCAACACAACCUAAGUAAACAUUAUGUAAAAUGUGGGGAUAUGUGUUUUUUUAUUAGUAGCAAUUUUAUUUUUUUUAAUAUGUGCUAUUGCUGCCUGAUGAUAUACCAGCCAAGGUAGAAACCAGCAGUUUUCCUCUGUAGCGCAAAAACAUGCAGUCCUCAGGCUGAACCACUGAUGAUUAAACAAAUUAAGUGGAAAGCUAUAAUUCAAACAAUGUCAAGAGCUCUAAAGUUUUUGAGUUUUUACAUUUUGUAUCUCAGGAUCCUUUACAAUAAUUGCCUUGAAUGUUAUAUUUUUGCCAAUAUUAAAAAAAUAGCUUUGAAAUGACUAAUUAAGAUGCUGUUGUCUCUUUAUUUACAUGAAUCUUGUUUAAAAAAAAAAUAAAAAACAUUACAAGAGUUGUACUUGCACUAUUGGUAUUUUAAUUUUUUUCUGGAGGUUUAUGGGAUUUUUUUAAUUAUUAACCCAUAUUUUGGUUCAUUUUUACACAUUUUUAAAACACUUGCUGUUGACUAAAAUGGCAUUCCAUAGAAAAUGUGCUAUUGUGUUUGUGUGCAUGAACAACUGUGACAAACUGCUUUGGUUUGGAGCAGCCAGCAGUCAACAACCUCCAGCCUCUUGCCUGGUGAAGCGACACAACGCAUCUGCUUGCCCACACAGAAACACGGGACCAAUCUUUUUCCUCUUUUUACAACUAUUUGAUUUUUUUAUGGUUUUGUGCAGAUUUAUGAUGGAGGAUUAAAAUGGUGAGGAAGAAAAAACUUCCAGUGUCUGAAAUCUGCGGAAGCAUGAUGUGGGAUGGAUAAACAAGAACCAAAAUCUGCUAUGGCCUCUAAUGACCCUGACCUUUCUGACCCCUCCGGUGACCCCCAGCCUGGUGACCUUAUCGAGAUCUUCAGACCAGCUUAUCAGCACUGGGCUCUCUACCUGGGAGACGGUUACAUCAUCAACUUGACUCCUGUUGAUGAGAGCCAGGCUGCUGCCAUGUCCAGUGUGAAGUCAGUCUUCAGUAGGAAGGCCGUGGUGCGCAUGCAGCUCCUGAAGGAGGUGGUGGGCAGCGACUCGUACCGCGUCAACAACAAAUACGACGACAACCACACCCCCCUCCCCAUCUGCGAGAUCAUCGAGCGAGCUCAAGUCCUCAUUGACCAGGAGGUGUCUUAUGACUUGCUGGGGAGCAACUGCGAGCACUUUGUGACCCUCCUGCGCUACGGAGAGGGGGUGUCUGAACAGGCCUCACGAGCCAUUGGAGCUAUCAGUUUGGUGACGGCUGCAGCCAGCGCCUUCUCUGUCCUGGGGCUGAUCAACACUCGCUCCAGAAACAGACCUUUCUGACAGCAUGGCUGUCGUCUCUCAACAAUCAUGCAGCUGUUAUUAAAACCAAUAAAGUGUUCAUCAGAAUGUAA